AGAACUGAGUCCUCGUACGAAAUCCAUUCCGAAGCGUAAAAUUGCUGUUAGUCUAUUUGUGUUUGUGUAAGGCUUUGUGUAUUGAGGAAAAUUUUAUUAUAUUUUGCGACUUGUGCCGUUUCAGGCAAUAAUCACCCGUCACGCAAUCAGCACGUACUGUGGCUUGUCUCGUCGUAGUAAAUCGCAGACAGGUAGUGUGUCAGCAACAUCGAAUAGUAACGGGUCGUUUGGUGGAUGGAUUGUGAUGAAGUGAUUGUGAUUUUUAUUGAUAUCAACACACCAAUGGUGGACGGAUAGUGGAGUGAGACAAUGGAAUUAGCAGCACAAACAGCAGGUUCGAAACAGAGGGGACAGUGUGAAUCUCGUUAGUUUUUUCCGUGCCCUUUGCUAAAGUGCCGAGGCGCCAGUGUGAUUGAGAAGUGGAAGUCUGGGUUGUGAGAAGGGAGGUGUUCUACGUCGCGGAAUUCAUAUAUCCGACUCCGAGUCGGUUUCCUGUUGUUGGAUAUUGGGGCGAGUGUGUAGAGUUUGCUAUACUGAUCAGGUCCUUGGCCAGUCAGUCAAUCCGUCAACAACGGCAGCAGUAGGUGAUUAUCUAAGAGAUAAGUACAUCACCAACGACAAAACUGACCCAAGUACGAAACGAAGAACAACAAAUUCGUCGUCGCCCGGCUCGACGACGUUCUUUGUGGGUAUGUAAAGGGCGUUGAACGAUCAAUGUUCGGCGACAUUGAAACUCUGCGCGAAACAAGUCUACGCUGUCGCUGCUGUUUGCACUCUGUACGGCAGGCAGCGAUGUAAACAGAUGAAGGCAAUAAAGGGAUAACCGAGAGAACGACCUAAACAAAAUCUCAACAGCGCGCACACAGCACUCACUCUUGUGCGUGGCUUAAUAUAGAGAGCCGAAGAAAAACAAGUCUGCGGAUAUUGCUAGCAGUCGUCGUCGAAAAUACGACACACAGUAUCCGAAACGCUGAGAAUAACUAUCGAGGUCAGAACCGUUUGGACUACAAUCCGAAAUGCUGAAAGGGAAACACAUCAGCGCUACGGGAUCGUCCAAUGAAUAAAAGGGAAAUUAUUCUGGUGUUUUGUUUUUAUUCGUUCGUUUUGGCGGUUGCCGAAAAUAGUGCUGCGGCCUGACGCGUUGUGCGUUGUGGUGAUGUAAUGAGGAAGGAAAACUCGUUUAGCGCCGACGUCUAAGUGACAUCACUCACAGCGAACGGUGAUAAAUUUAUUAAUAUUGGAGGCAACGCAACGUGGUGCCGAAAUUAAUCGCGAAGUGCUGUCGCGGCCUACUGCGGUAUGUGUGUGCGCGCGCGUGCGAUAAGAAUGAUAAGGCGGAAAAAGGGAGGCGUAGCAAGUGAAUGAGAUUAGUUCGGGUUCGGAUUAUUUUUUACAGAACGACGUUUUUAAACUCAUCUAACUAAGUUAGCGAGAUUAUCGUACGAAUAUUGCGGGGUGUGGAUGGCCAGCAAUUUGAAGGGCCUGUUCGGUGGAGGUGGUGCGGCGGAAGCUUCAGGGAUGGCUGUCGUCGUAGGAAGCAGUGUCGGUUCGGGUGGCAGUAGCAGUGGUCAGUUACAGCAGGAUAAGCCGGUGCCGAUUCCACGGGAGAAACCCGACCGAUCAACCGUAGAAUACUCAUCCUUCGGCAGUACACCAAAGAUUUCACAAAAUCCGAUCGGCAACAGUAGUAGUAAUAGUGCUGCUGCCAGCGGAAGCAACAACACUGGCAGUACCGUCGCCGACCCGCACCAACGACUCAACAAUCGGGAUGUGGUCCUCACCAGUCUGGUUGCGGGAGCGAUCGCCGGAGCACUGGCCAAAACCACGAUCGCACCACUCGACCGGACGAAGAUCAACUUUCAAAUCAACAAGGAAAUUCCCUACUCGUUUCGGGCGGCGUUGGCAUUUCUGCGCAAUACCUACACCAAGGAGGGCUUCGCGGCCCUGUGGCGGGGCAACUCGGCCACGAUGGCCCGCAUCAUUCCCUACUCGGCGAUCCAGUUUACGGCGCACGAACAGUGGAAGAAGCUGCUGCAGGUCGAUCGAAAUGAAGAUACCAAAGUGCGACGGUUUCUGGCGGGAUCGCUGGCGGGAAUCACAUCGCAAUCGUUGACCUACCCGUUGGAUUUGGCACGGGCGCGAAUGGCUGUGACCGAUAAGUACUCCGGCUACCGGACGCUGCGGGAGGUGUUCGUUAAGAUUUGGCAGUGCGAGGGACCCCGGACGUUCUACCGGGGUUACUGGGCGACCAUCCUGGGGGUCAUUCCGUACGCCGGAAUGUCCUUCUUCACGUACGAUACUCUCAAGAAGGAGUAUUACAUACUCACAGGUGACACCAGCCCAAACACUGUGAUAUCGCUGGUUUUCGGUGCGACGGCCGGCGUAAUCGGUCAAUCCUCAAGCUACCCGCUGGACAUUGUUCGCCGGCGAAUGCAGACCACAGGUGUUACGGCACACUGCGUCGAUCGGUAUCUGACAAUCGGCACUACACUGGCCAAAAUCUACAGGGAGGAGGGUAUCGUCCGGGGCUUCUACAAGGGGCUCAGCAUGAACUGGAUCAAGGGGCCCAUCGCCGUCGGGAUCAGCUUCGCGACGUACGACCACAUCAAGCACUUCUUGAGGGAACUUAUCCAUCUGCGGGAUCCGGUGCGGUAGAGGCAGGAGCUGCCCUCGAAAACAAAAAUCGACUGCACGCGUUCACAAUACAGAGAUUGCACAAACAAUAGCAAAAAAACACGAACACAACAUGUUCGAAUCUGUUGAAUCUGGUUGUCGUUAGUGGCAUUUUUAUUUGCGAUUAGGUUUCAGAAUGUUUGGUGGUUAGAUGAUAGUGAUGUGUGAAUGGACAGAAAAGUGUUAAUAUAAGUAAUUCUGUAUUCGUUUAAUAUAAAUGUGUGUGUCGCUUUGUUUCACCCCACGGUCAUUAAUUAAGCAUAAAAACUGGUGCAAUUAGAAAGUAUAUACACAAAAAUGAGAUAACUAAUUAACAGAUUUCGUCAUAAAACACAAGUGCAUUGCUUAUACUUAAAAACCUAUAUAUGGAAACUGUUUCCAAAAGCACUAAUUUUUUUAUGGUGAAAAAAUGUUCUAGUGAAAAUCAGAAAUGAGGUUACGUAACCCUUAGAACCAACUUCUGACGUUAUUUAUAACAGAGAUCACUAACAAUGCUGAGUCAGACUGUAGUAUCGUCCGAAAAGCGAAACAAACGAGGUUCAGUACAACUCGAACCAAAGCCCUCCUAAGUCAAAUCGUCGUGAAGUCUGAUGUAUGACAAUAAUUUUCAAUUCUGUGACAAAUCUUCGUCAAUUGUAGUUCUACGAACCGUUCACAAGGUGCAACUCUUCGUUUUCUAAUAUUAAUUGCUCUGGAAAUUGCUUCCGGCACCAUCGGUUAGAUUAGGAUUUGCGUACGAAAAUAGUGGAGUUAGAUUUGAUGACGAAAAAAAAACGUCGUUUUUAGUAGGAGAAGAUUGUAUAAAAUAUAAAUUAAUUAUCUCUGUUUAUGAAAUAAUUCCUGCUAUCGGCAUUCGAAUUUAAAAAAGUCUUUUGUGAAUUAUACUGUUUCAUGGAAACGGUUCAUUAGUCCCCUGUGAGGUCAGUUCUCUCGGAAAAUAUGGUUAAUAAAUAUAUAUGUCAAGUUGA